CUUUUUAUUUAAGUUUUCUGCCUGAUAAUUCAUGUAAGGUUUCUCUCAAUAUUUGGUGAAUUUAUGAUUUGACGACUCUCCGUAUACGGUAUGUAAGGGGAUUACAUGAUCUUCCAUCGCAGUAGUCCUACUUCUUUCUUUUCCUAUACGAUUAUUUCCUGAUCCCUCUCUUUCUGUGUCUCAAAAUGCAUACCCAUCUCUUCCCACCUCUAACCACUUUCUUCUUCAUAAUAAUGGCAAUAACCUUAAUCAAAUUCCCACCACCUCUGCACGCCAUUGAUGAUGCGCUGUACCUCGAAUGCAGCGCACCCUUUGCAUGUUCCAGUUUCCUUAACCUGCAGGGUUAUCCUUUCUGGGGAUCAAAUAGGCCAGAAUACUGUGGUCACCCAGGUUUCGAGUUGAACUGCAGCGGCGAUGCCCCACAGCUCUAUAUCACGGACAGGUAUUACCGAGUCCUUGAAAUCAAUUAUUCGUCACGGAUUCUCAAGGUUGUUAGAGCGGAUUACUGGAACACGAUCUGUCCCGACAGUUACGCUAAUUCCACCAUUAAUUUCGCCCUCUUUUCUUUCACUCCAGAUACUACGAACGUUGAGCUCUACUACGAGUGCGGUAGUAUGUAUAUCAUUCCAGUGCAGCCGGAUAGCUUUCAGUUUACUUGCACCAGAAAUGGUAACAGCUUUACCAAUUACUACAAGAGGUCCAAUGAGGACUGCGUGUACAAUAACGUUGAAGUUCCAGUUAUGCAAUCAGCAGUAUCAGGCAACCUAUCUACCCAAGCUGCACUGAGUGAAGCUAUUGAUGGGGGCUUCACGUUGGGGUGGAAUGCAAAUGAUAGCAGGUGCGAUGGAUGUGAAGUUUCGGGUGGGCAGUGUGGGUUCAACACCAGCACGAAUGCUUUCGUUUGCCACUGCAAACGAUUAGUUAACUUGUAGCUAUGUUAAUUAACU